UUCGAACCCAGACUUCAUUCAGUGCCAGUGAGCAGAGUGCAACAGACGAGUUUUUGCGUGCAAUCGUUUAUGGUUGUGGCAACAUCAUUUAAAGCAAGAUUAGCAAUAACAAAAUAGCUUUCGGCAUUACAGAAUGGCAUAACAAAGACAAACCCUACAAACUGCUAAUGUGAUAACAAGAACAACGCUUGACCCAGGUUCUGGCUGCGAUAAAACUCAGCAGCUGCGAGGCAAGAGUCAUUCAUCCCUGAGACUUUAGUCAUUUUCAACCGAGUACCGAAUAGGAAAAAACAAAUCAGGUCAAAAUGUGUUCCUGCUGUACGGAUUUCCAAAAGAAGAUGGUAUCGUUUGGCUGCUCAGCCUUUCUGGUGCUGUUUGCGAUUGUUUUGGGCACGCUGUGGCCAACCAUGUCCUCCAAGCUGUUGCACGAUAAAUUAGUGCUCAAAAAUGGCUCCGUCAACUAUCAGAACUGGAUCAAGACGCCAAUCCCGAUGUUUUUGGAGGUGUAUCUGUUCAACUGGACCAAUGCGGACGAUUUGCAUAAAUUUCCCACGGUCAAGCCCCACUUCCAGGAGUUGGGACCGUACGUGUUCCACGAAGUUCACGAGCGGAAGAAUUUGGUGUGGAACGAUAACAACACGGUGACGUUCAACCAGCGACGAACCUGGCACUUUGACCCAGAUCGAUCGAACGGCACGAUGGACGACCAAGUGACUAAUCUGAACGUUAUCUCGCUGAAUGUGGCGUACUUUAUGCGGGAUUCUAAUUAUUUUUUGAAAAAGGCAGCAGAUAUGGUUGUCGAAGUGGACGGUACCUUUUUGUGGCGCGGGAAAACAGUUCGAGAGUUGCUGUUUGACGGUUUUGAAGAUCCUCUGCUGGACUUGUUGAAGACCCUCAACGACACCAUCAAGGUUCCGUUCAAUAAGUUUGGUUGGUUCGUGGAUCGUAAUGAAAGUGACACCUACGAUGGAACAUUCACCAUGAAGACGGGUGCGGACUCGUUGGAGAAUACGGGCAUGCUUACGCUGUGGAAUGGCGCCAGUGACACCGGAAUGUAUCGAGGCAAGUGUGGACAGGUUCAGGGAACAUCCGGAGAACUAUGGCCUGUAAGUCACAGCAACAAAACCAAUGUGACAAUCUUCCCAUCGGACGUUUGUCGCACUUUGACUCUUCAGUAUGGAGAAAAAAUUUCGAUCCACGACGUCGAGGGUACCAAAUACGUCGGAGAUGAACAGGUCUUUGACAAUGGCGUCAAGUAUCCGGAAGCUGCCUGUUGGUGCAACGGUGCUCACUGUCCCGACGUUAAACCAGGAGUGUUCAAUGCCUCAGCUUGUAAGUUUGGUUCACCCACUUUCAUUUCAUAUCCACAUUUCUACCUCGCUGACAAAUCAUACCGAGAAGACAUUGAUGGAAUGAGUCCGAACAGGUCGAAGCACGAGUUCUACAUUGCUAUGGAACCGCACACGGGAAUUCCGUUGGAUGUCCGUGCUCAGCUGCAAAUCAACAUGCUACUCCAGCCAAUUAGUGGAUUCUCAAUGUUCGAAAAAGUUCCUAAGCUGAUGGUUCCAAUGCUGUGGUUCACCCAAAGGGCAACACUAACCCCAGAACUGGCCAACCAAGCCAAGUUGGCACUGAUGCUACCCGGGCUCGGAAUUUACAUUGCGAUCUUCUUAGGCACGAUCGGCAUCAUCCUGACUGGCGCGUUUGGGUACAUUUACGUGCGCAAGUGGAGCAGCCAGGUGCCGUACGAGGAGCUGUUGCGGUGAGAUUUGGACGAAGUCGACGCGACAGAAGCCGAGUAAAGUGCCUUCCCGUGACGAUAACCAAGUAUCGAAGCGCGGAGAUAAUUGGAAGGAAAUUAUUAUUUUUUGCUCACGAUGUAGAUAGUCAGUUUUACUUGAAAACUUGUUGAUAUUUGUUUAAGCGAAAUCAUUUCCACGCAGUGACGAAAACGGGAUAAUCUAAAUAGCUUAUAGCGGUAAAGUGCCAACUAAAAAAAAAUGAAUCAAUAGUUGUAAUUCAAUCCUAGAUAGUCGAAACUUGCCACAUGAUGUGUAACUAUUUUUAAUGAAAUAAAAAGAUUCUAUAAAUUUCAAAUUGCCCACAAA